AAUUCACCAGUGCCGGUGCCGCCACGAUCUCCGGCGACCACGCCACCGCGUCGUAGCUGGUAGCUGAUCGAUCGAUCGGUCGUCGUCGUCGCUCGCGACCGAAGAUGUCGGACGAUCCCACGGCGUACAACAUGUCGGCGGCCUACUCGCCGGGCGCCGGCGUACCGCACUGGCUCAACAAGGGCGACAAUGCGUGGCAGAUGGUGGCGGCCACGCUGGUGGGCAUGCAGAGCGUGCCGGGGCUGGUCAUCCUCUACGGCAGCAUCGUCAAGAAGAAGUGGGCCGUCAACUCGGCGUUCAUGGCGCUCUACGCCUUCGCCGCCGUCUGGCUGUGCUGGGUCACCUGGGGCUACCAGAUGUCCUUCGGCGAGAAGCUGCUCCCAUUCUGGGGCAAGGCCGGCCACGCAUUCGGCCAGGGCGUCCUCCUCGGCCAGGCCGCCCUCCCGGCGACCGAGCACCACUACCACCACGGCCCCAUCGAGACCUUCGGGAUCGCGCCCUUCUACCCCAUGGCGUCCAUGGUCUACUUCCAGUGCGUCUUCGCCGCCAUCACGCUCAUCCUGCUCGCCGGCUCCCUGCUCGGGCGCAUGAACUUCAAGGCGUGGAUGCUCUUCGUCCCGCUCUGGCUCACCUUCUCCUACACCAUCGGCGCCUUCUCCAUCUGGGGCGGCGGCUUCCUCUUCCACUGGGGCGUCAUGGACUACUCCGGCGGCUACGUCAUCCACCUUUCCUCGGGCGUCGCGGGGUUCACCGCCGCCUACUGGGUCGGGCCCAGGUCCACCAAGGACAGGGAGAGGUUCCCUCCCAACAACGUCCUGCUCAUGCUCACCGGCGCCGGCAUCCUGUGGAUGGGCUGGGCCGGGUUCAACGGCGGCGACCCCUACUCCGCGAACGUCGACUCCUCCCUCGCCGUGCUCAACACCAACAUCUGCGCCGCCACCAGCCUCCUCGUCUGGACCUGCCUCGAUGUCAUCUUCUUCAAGAAGCCCUCCGUCAUCGGCGCCGUCCAGGGCAUGAUCACCGGCCUCGUCUGCAUCACUCCCGGCGCAGGUCUUGUCCAGGGUUGGGCGGCGAUCGUGAUGGGUAUGCUCUCUGGCAGCAUCCCGUGGUUCACGAUGAUGGUGGUGCACAAGCGCUCCCGGCUGCUCCAGCAGGUGGACGACACCCUGAGCGUGUUCCACACCCACGCCGUGGCCGGGGUCCUGGGCGGCGUCACCACGGGGCUCUUCGCGCACCCGUCGCUGUGCCCCUUGUUCCUGCCCGUCACCAACUCCAAGGGCGCCUUCUACGGCAGCGGCAUCCAGCUCGGGAAGCAGCUGGGCGGCGCGCUCUUCAUCAUCUCCUGGAACGUGGUGGUGACCAGCCUGGUGUGCCUGGUGGUGCGCCUCGUGGUGCCGCUGCGCAUGCCCGACGACGAGCUGGCCAUCGGCGACGACGCCGUGCACGGCGAGGAGGCCUACGCGCUCUGGGGCGACGGCGAGAAGUUCGACUCCACCAAGCACGGCUGGUACUCGGAAAACGACACGCAGCACAACAAGGCGCCCAGCGGCGUCACGCAGGACGUCUGAUCAUAGGGGAUCGACGGCGGCGAUGGAUUGGAGGGAGAUUUGAAUAAGUGAUGAUCAGGGGUUUCAUUUGGUUCCAAAUGCUUGGUCGUGUGUUGGGGUUCGAAAAAUUUGUUGAUUCGACUGCAUGCUACGGACAGGGAUGCGCGCAGUUUUUUAGGGUGAUUGCGUCGUGUGGGUGGAUUUGGUCGGUCUUUGUUGCAGUUUGUUAAUUUGUCGCCGCACACGCGCGUGCACGCGCUGUGGAAUAACGUGUGGUACUGUGAUGAACUGAUGAAAAAGAAAUUUCCAU